AUGGCGGCGUCUCUCCGAGCGUCCUCCUCCCCCCUCCGCUCGCGCCUCCUCUCCUCCCCCGCCGCCUGGUCUCCCUGGCGCCUGCUCCUCUCCUCCUCCGUCCACUCGGACGCCGCCCACCAGACCGAAACCCUCGCCUUCCACGAGAUCCAGCUCUCCCCUGAGAAGCCCCCCACCGCCACCGCCUUCGUCCUCCACGGCCUCCUGGGCUCCGGCCGCAACUGGCGCACCUUCUCCCGCACCCUCGCCUCCCAGCUCCGUGACCGCUCCCCCGCCGACGAGUGGAAGAUGGUUCUUGUGGAUUUGAGGAACCAUGGGAGCUCAGCCAGGAUCAAAGGGCUGAGCCCGCCCCAUGAUAUGUCGAGUGCCGCCAAGGAUCUUGCUGAUUUGGUGAAGGCUCGGGGCUGGACAUGGCCGGAUGUUGUCGUGGGUCACUCAAUGGGUGGAAAGGUCGCACUGGAUUUCACAGAGAGUUGCUCCCGUGGCGAUUACGGAGAAUCUGCUGCUCUUCCCAAACAGGUUCAUAGGUGCAGUGUAUACAUACUUAUUUACAUAGGUAUAUGCAGUGUUGAUCUAGAAAAUCCUACUGUUACAUAUGAAAAGCUCUGGGUGCUUGAUUCUGUCCCUGGAGAAGUAAAAAUAGAUAACAGUGAUGGCGAAGUUGAACGGGUUUUGGAAACACUAGCAAGUCUUCCUUCAUCGCUUCCAUCGCGCAAAUUCUUAAUGUUAUGCCUGUUUGCUAUCAGGUGGGUUGUGGACCACAUGGUCAGCCUGGGAUUCUCCAAGUCACUUUCAGACUGGAUUGGCAGCAACUUGAAGAAGGACAAUGAACAUGUGACCUGGGCUUUUGAUCUUCAGGCUGCCACAGACAUGUUUAAUUCUUACAGAGAUAGAAGCUACUGGGGACUGCUGGAGAACCCACCAAAGGGUUUGGAGAUCUCGAUAGUACAGGCAGAGCUCAGUGAUAGAUGGCACCCUGAGGAUGUCCAGAGGCUAAAAGCACUGUCAAGGAGAGGCAGCAAACCUGACGCGGGCAAAGUGUCGCUCCACGUUCUCCCUAACUCCGGCCAUUGGGUUCAUGUGGACAACCCCAAGGGGCUGCUCGAGAUCAUGGCGCCUAACUUCCUCUCCACUGUUCAAAAUUGA